GCCUGUUGCCGUGCUCUUUCCAGAUCGCCUGUGGGCCUCAGCUUCCCAGCUGGCUGAAAAAUCCUUGGGUGGCUAGCUGUGCAGUACAGCCUCACGUCACCCUGCUGGCUUUCCUGCAGGCUCUGUGGGAUGGUGCAGUUCUGCGGUGACGUGAGGAAGAAGGUCCUCCUGCAGCUAUUCCUCCUCCUCUGCCACUCGUUCCCAGUGAUCCGGAAGGCUGCAGCGAGCCAGGUGUACGAGAUGGUGCUCACUUAUAGUGACAUGGUGGAUGCAGACGUCCUGGAAGAAGUCAUGGCUGUGCUCAGUGACACAGCCUGGGAUGAGAAGCUGCCAGUUGUAAGAGAGCGGCGGAAUCGCUUGUGUGACCUUCUUGGAGUGCCCAGACCCCAGCUAGUUCCCAAGCCCACAGUCACUGAAGCCAGUCCUGGGAGCUGAGUGGCCUAUGGCUGAAUGUCCAGCUCAGAGGGAGGCACUGAAUGCUACAGCAGCACGGAAACCUGGUGCUACGUGGCCUGUGUCGACCGAAGUAUGGCUGCUGGUGCACCUGCUGCCAGGCCUGGGAGGCCGUCACCAGGCAGUGGCAUUUCAUCAUGUGCACACACUGCUCUGUAUGCUUCUGCCUUAACACAAUGCACUGCCCAUAAAAUCCUGUACCAAGUGGUUCCUGCCUCUGCCUCUCUCUAGGGCUGAUGCGUGAGGGGGCUGGGAGAACCCUGUGGGCUGGAGGAGGUGAUGGGCUU